UCCAUCCCACCUCUCGGAAAUACCCACCAGGUGCUGCAGCUCCUUCCUCCCCGCUCUACGUUUAUCUCUCCGGGCUGUCCUCUCGGAGCUCCAUCUUUCCCCUCGCUGUCCGGGCUCGAAGUCCCGGUGUUACAUCCCGGUGAACGGCAGAGAGAUGACCGGUCGGUGAGUGAACCCGUCCCGUUACUUAUCUCCGUGUCUCCGGCUUGCAUGGCUCUCCGUCGGCCGGUCGGACAAUAGAGUGCCCGCCUGCCCGCUGCAGCAGAGCCGCUUCUCCUCCUCCUCCUCCAGCCGGGGGGGGGGAGCUCGCUGACUGAUCCUGCCCGGGACUCCUGCACUCUCCGCGGCUCAGGAUGGCCGGACACGAGUGGGAAGACUGGUUCGAAAGGGAGGAAUUUAUCGGACAGAUCAGCGACAUGCGGGUGCAAAACCUGCAAGUUGAAAGAGAAGUGGUGCAGAAGAGAACUUUCACCAGAUGGAUGAACCUGCAUUUAGAAAAGUGUGACCCACCCAUUGAGGUGCACGAUCUCUUCCGGGACAUCCAGGAUGGACACAUCCUCAUGGCCCUGCUGGAGGAGCUCUCGGGCUGCAAGCUGCUUCAUGGAUUCAAGAAGUCCACCCAUCGGAUUUUCAGACUCAACAACAUCGCCAAGGUCUUGUCUUUCCUGGAGGAGAGAAAUGUGAAGCUGGUCAGCAUCGACGCCUCCGAUGUUGCCGAUGGAAACUCCUCCAUCAUCCUGGGACUCAUCUGGAACAUCAUCCUCUUCUUCCAGAUUAAGGAGCUGACUGGGAACAUCAGGAGCCAGUUCCCCUCCUCCUCCAGCCUGUCGUCCAUCCCGACCAGCUCUGACUCUGACGCUUCAUACUGCAGCACGCCGUCAGAAGAGAGACAGACGGCGUCCACGGCCAUGCGAGAACACAGCAAGACCAUCAAGAAGCUGCUGCAGUGGGUACAGAAACGAACACGCAAGUAUGGAGUGGCAGUGCAGGACUUUGGAAAGAGCUGGAAAAGCGGCCUUGCCUUCCUGGCUGUCAUUAAGUCCAUCGACCCCAGCCUGGUGGACAUGAGGAAGGCUUUGCUGAGGAGUGCAAGAGAGAAUCUGGAGGAUGCCUUCAGGAUAGCCCACUACAGCCUGGGUAUCCCACGCAUACUGGAGCCUGAGGAUAUGACUAUCAAGGCAACAGAUGAGCAAUCCAUCAUCAUUUACGUGUCACAGUUCUUGGAGCACUUCCCGGGCAUAGAAGAGGAUGAGAGCUCCCGGCUGAUUGAACGUAGCGUCUCUAUGUGCCGACUCAGCUACCGCGAGGCCGACGCUGAGUACAUGAGGAACGGCACUCACCGGGGCAGAGUGAGGGAGAGAUCCUACAUGUUUGAGAGGGACUCAGCCCAACGCCCACCCAAAAUCUUAAUUUCAACCGUGUCCGAGGACAGGAGCACCAAGUCGCCCUCCUUUAGGGUGGCCGCAGCUCGCUCAUGGUCCAGUGAUGACAUCCUAGCAGAUGCAGAAGAACUCUCCAGGAGUGUGGUGAAAGAAGCCAAGGAACCGCCAAGUGAGGUCUCAAGCAACUCAACGCCUAACCCCCCACAGCUGACGAACACUCAAUCACCCACUAACUCUUCAGUGCCCGAGUCUGUUAACACCGAGUCGGUGAUCGGUGACUCGGCAAUCGGCUCCCCAGACUCCUGGGUUGAGAGCGAAUUUGGGACAACACCAGAGAAGUUUUGCGAGAGCCGAAGUGACAGCUCUCUAUGCGACAGUGGAACAGCUUGGGAUGUGUACCGUGCUACCCCUGUGGAGAUCACUACCCUUGAUGAUGUUGUCCCAUCACUGGACGAUAGAACCCCUGACGAGCAGACGAUCGCAGAGUCCUACACAGACGAAGGGAUUUAUUCUCUAAGCUCGUUGGAGAGUACACAGGAGAGGAUGCAAGGACGUUCACUAGAGGAGGUAGUGAACGGGAAAGAGGCCAACAUUGAGAGCCACAACCAGGACCUUGCUUUAGAACAGGGAUCUGAUCAUAGUGAAGCUGAGAUUAAAAAAGAACUUGAUUCUAAAAAGAUAGAUACAGAUAAACUUCACAAAGAGCAAGAACAAUCUUCUGUAAAGGGCAAUGCAGAAGAGGUGGCCAACUCUAGUGGCAUAGAUCUCCUUGAAACUAUCCGGUCUCCGCUCAUAUCCAUUACCGAAGUCCCUGAAGAUUUAGAAGAUCUUGCUAAACAAUCAAGUUCUGAUGAGCGCACAUACAGGGAACCAGAAAGUGACAAGAAAACAGUGGAGGCUGCACAGGGCCGGGAAGUACAAAUAAAUGGUCCGACUGAAGGUAAGAAUGUAAGAAAUACUGUUGAGGAAGUCGAGGAGGAAACUGAAUGUCAGAAAACAGAGGAGACAAAGGGAGAGUUAGGAGAGGAAUCAGGGAUUGUAAAGAAAAAGGAUGAAGUGGCAGUGAAGACACAAGACAAAGGAAGUGAAGGAGUUCCAAGUGACUUACAGGAAAGCCUCGGAGCAGAGACCUGCGCUGUGGCGAACAAAGACGUGGCCUCAAAAACAAGUCUUGCUCUGGGCAUAAACAUUCCUGAGAUCUCUAUUUCAAGUGAGCCAGAGGAGCAGGCAGAAGGGGAAAACUGUGACCGAGAAAGACAAGAUCAUGUUGCAGAUGAUGAGGUCCAUCAGGAGGAGGAGGAGACGUCUGGAAGUAAGGUGACAGACAAAGAUGUCAACAGGCCUCAAAAGCCAGAAGAAUCGAGCUGGGACUCAAAUGACAAUAAGGACAAGAAGCCUCUUGAGAUUUCUUCCUGUCUCAUAUCAGAAGACGCUAAACCAACAACAGAAAAUUUGGAUGGUAAGGAUGACCCUGGUAACACUGAAAAAGACUUAACAUCUCAGACGUCUUCUACAGAUGCUAAAUCUCAACCUGUGAGUACUGGGCAAGAAGUAGAUUUACCCCUUCAACUGGUCCAGGAUAAACUGGUUGACACCUUUUCAGACAAUGAGAUGUCUGCAACACAGCAGGACACAUCAAAUCCAGUUAACUCAAAACCAAAUGGUACAACUGAGAUGUCCAGACACAAGGACUCGUCCUCUCCCAACUUUGAUCGAAAUUCCCCCACAGACGACUUACUCUGUGACCCGAUCGAACCGAUGGACCUGUUCUACCCCGACAAAGAGGAGCCCAUGACCGCAGAGCCAGCUGACUCUGAUAUAGAGAGUUGGCCUUCUGUUCUGAGCGUGUCUCCUCUCCAGCCGGCGCCAGCCUCAGAGACUCAGCCAGACGACCAACCGCUCAUCCUGCUGAGUGAUGACUUCAGAAACGGAGUGGAUACAAUACAAGACAAUGGCAAGUUGAUCACUCAGACCAGCCUGGACAUGGACAAAGCCUCUGAAUCCCAGGAUGAGUGCCUGCUGAAGACAGGAGGACUGUGGGGUGGAGAUGUCCCAGCAGUCUGCGGUCAUCUCAGUGAGGCUGAGAAUCAGAGCUCGGACUCUGCCAGGGAAAACACCGAGCCUGUGAGGAUUGACUCCAGCAGACAAGAUGAAAUCCAGAUCCCCCCAGUCCUGCGUCACAGAAAGGGGGCUCGGCUCACAGAGAACAAUCCGACUGCUGCUGGGACUGCAGAAAGGAAAAACGCCGACAACAGAGAACCCGCUGUUUGGUGGAGUGACGGCUGGGAGCUGUACCUGCUGCUGCUGCUGUGGCUACUGCUCUACUGUUUCUGGCUGCUGCCUCAGAUGGACCUGAAGUCACUGCCCAGCCUGCUGCUCAACCUCUGAACACACACACACUCUCUGCUCACACAUGAACACAAACAGACUCUACACACACACACACACACACACACACACACACAGACACACACACACACACAUACACACAUUUUAUACACCAUUGAAUGCACCAUCAGGAGACCAACAGAUACACAAACUGACACAGCUCUACUGCCACUCCUGUUUCCUUUCAUCACACUGACUGAACUCCAGAUCAAGUGAAGGCAUUUACAAAAACGUGUAUUUUGAACUUUUAGAGCUUUUUUAGGUUGUUGCUUUCAAGCUUUCCAUGUGGCUUAAAGUGAUCUGUGUGACAACGUGUCAGGGCCACUGCUGGGGAAGAGAGUUUUCAGAUUUUAAGAAAAAAAAUUGGGAUAUUUUGAGAGAAAGAAAAGUGCAUUAUGUAAUGGGUGUAUGAUUAUCUUCUUACAAGACACAAAGGGCUUACUAGUAUAAUUUUCACGUAUGCACAAAAUUUCAAGCAGGCUGAAAUCUUCCUGAGUUCAUUGUUAAUUCACCUCAGAGCAGGAAGCAGUCCCUCAGGAAGGUCUCAGGAGGCGAGACAUGACGUAAAAAGAACGUAGAUCACUCUAAUGGUCAUCACCCAGGAGUUUUGUGCAAGUGUUAAAGCACCGUUUUAAUGAUCUUUUCAGGAUAGUAAUAGAACGAACAGUUUUAAUUUCAUAAGAAAGAAACAAGUAUUUUUCAAAGGUUUAAUCGAUUGCCAAGUAUGGUCAUGAUUUUAUGUAAAGGAGGAAGAGUCAAAAUGUGUUGAGACUAAAGUUUUUUUUUUUAUUUGUUUGAAAGAAAGACUAAAACAUUGUGAAAGUUUAGCUUCAAGUUUACAGAAAAGAAUCACCUCAGACUUAAAAUGAUACAGAUCGAUUCAUUCAUAAAGGACAAAUGUUUAACAUGAAAAUACAUAUUUUUCAAGAAUAAGAAUAGCGUGAUAAAGGUCCGUAUAUUUAUAGACACAAAUGUAUAAAUCUGAGAAAAAAUAUUUAAACAGAUCAUUUAGACCUGCUUUAAUUUUGUCUUUUAAAAUAACAACUGUAUCACUUGAUUUUAACAAGUAUGACAUAGGGUUAGAGUUAUACACAUAGACCGUAACUAUUAAAGAACAUCAGCCGUCUGUGCUCUGGAGGCAGACGUGGCCAUGCUGGAAACGCUGUAUCAGUCUAACUUUCAGUCAACCUAACGACAGGCUGAGAGCUGGAGCUGAGGCGGGUUGAAAAGCCUCUUUAGACAUCGCUCCCACCUGUCAAUCAGGUCAUCUACACGCCUAACUAUGAAUAACAAGUAUCGUUUUCAAAAUCAAAACAAAGCCGUUUUCAAAAAUGUACAGUAUGUGCCAAUGAUGACAAUUACUAAUCAGACUUAUUUAGUUUUUGUACCAGGCUGUAAACAUGUUAAUUUAUGCUGUGAAAACAUAUUUUUUGAAUGGGUGUGUAUGUACACCGGAGGUUGCCACUUGAUUAUCCAUGAGUCUUUUCUUAACAUGAAAAUUUCUUUUCUUAAAUCAGUGCCACAUUUCUCUAAAUACUCCCCCCCCCCCCCCCCCCUCCAUUCUUAAACUCUGCUCACAGUGGCCCUGACAGUCCGCUGCAGAUCUGCUCCUUGUUUAAACACACUAUAAGAGUUUGUGGUUUAUUGCCGUGCAGAGCCGACACCAGAGCGGACUCUGGAUUAUAUUAUGUGACUGUACAGCACUCUCAUGUGUAGAUAGAGAUACAUAUUAUGGAUGUACGGAUGCACAGUUGCCUAAACGAAAAGCCAUUUGAAUCCAGAUGAAGAAGCUCAGAGUCAAACUGGAGAUAGAGGAGAUGAUAGAGCUUAUAUAUAUAUAUAUAUAUAGAUAUAUUUACCUGUUCUGUUGUAAAGAGGACUAAUCAGUCUGAAUGAAGGUGUAUGUUUAAUGUGUUGCACAUUUGAGAAAGAUUACAAACUGCCAAAGAUCGUGUUGAAAGUGCUAAACCUGAACUCACACAGCUCACCACAAGCCCGAUAACGACGUUUUUAACACGUAGAAGGUCGAGAAGAACUCUCCAUGUUGUACGAUAGUCGAGGCAGAAUAUGUAUUUGUAUUAUUUUACGGCUCAUAAGACGCGUGAAUGGAUUUUUAUGAUGUUUUAUGUGAUCGGCUAUGCUUGAGCUCGUCCACAGAAAGAGAAUGCUUUACAAUGAAAUAUCUUUAUAAAUGUUAUUUUUGGAACGACGUCUGUUAUGAAGCACUACGACGCAUCGACUCGACCUUAUUACAUCGUUGUACCACACCAGCCGACCAAGUCUCUGUUUACCCUGAAUAUGAGCGCAGCUGCAGACACUUAGUCUAGUCCAGAACAAAGUGGGUCGUCCUCUCAGCCCAGUGCAUCAAGCUCCCAGCUCAAGUGUGUGUGUGUGUGUGUGUGUGUGUGUGUGUGUGUGUGUGUGUGUGUGCGCUUGUGUGUUUAACCUUGUGAGAACUAGAGCUCUGUCCCAAUUCCAUACUACUCACUCCUUGCAAAUACGAUCCCAGGCCCCGAUUCUUUUAUUCAUUAACAAGAGAUAUUCCCUCCUGCUCUAGUGAUCUAGUCGUACAGAGCGGUGUCUCAUUGUUUGAUCAUUACACUGCAAAAAUUAGAGUACUUUUUAAAGGUCUUGGUCUCAGACUGGGCGAACUCCAGUUUUAAAUCAAUACCAUCACUGAUUGGCUAUUUUAACGUCAUUACUGUGAUUAGAUGGGAAAACCCCCCUUUCUAAAAGAACCAAUAACUUCAUUUAAUUCCCGGUUACGGCUGCUACCUCCCCAGUGUUACGGUCUAAGUGAGGGACACAAGAUGAUGAUUUGUCAAGGCGGUAGCCUUGCCUUGGUCUUGGUCUUGACUCAGUCUCGAUCCCUAAGUGUACUGGUCUUGUCUCGAUCUCUGAGCAAUCCGAUCUCGGGUAUGUCUUGGUCUCAGUUACUGUGGUCUUGAAUACAGCACUAGCAAAAACUAAAAAUCAUAGCAAGUGUGUUAGUCUAAACUCUAGUCAAAAUGUCUCAGAUCACUUAUAAUCAGCAACAUCUACCUGACAAGUCCAGAUAAACAUUUACUUAAUGACAGAAAUAGCAGAAAAUAAGACCAUGCCUUUGUUUGUAAUAAGUACCAAGAAUAUCUGCCAAUGAGGAAAGCACAUUUAAUUGUUAGGCGGCUUUAAAUGAGAUGUACUAACUACUUUAGAUGAAGAAAAUUAUUUCAAGACACAGGCAGAUUGUUUUUUUUAUUAUUAUUAUUACAAGCCUUCAUUUUUGAGUUUUAUAUUUUUGAGUAAGAUUUUAAUCUGGACUUGACGGGAAAAUGCAGUUUAUAAUAAGUGCACCAAGAUAUUUUUGAGGAGAAACUAAACAAACAAAAUUGUUAAGAAUUGAGUUUUUUGCAGUGUAGAAGUUAAUCAAUUUUUAUUUGACUGAUUAUCCCAUGCAUUAGUUGUUUUUUAUUUUUGUCACGUUUUACUAAGUAGAUAUAUGGAUAAAAAACUUUAUUGAUCCCGAGGGAAUCUGGUUGAAUCUGCUCCAAAUUUUAACACGAUUCUCUUUGCAGUGAUAUGGCCUUCAACAAAGUUGUAUGAAAUUUGAGCAGUGUUUUGUUUCUUUCUUUCGUCUUGACAGAUCGUCCUUAACAGAGGUGAUAAUCAGGUCUGACUUGAUUAAAAAUUAAAUUGAUUCUUCGAGUGGAAAAAUUGAAGAUUUAAAUGUUAGUUUAAGGGCUAAGAGUUCAUGAGAGAGGGGGAGUAGUUUGAGUUUUUACAAGGAUUCAGUAGACUGUUUGUGUGGUCAUGUUUGUGUGUGUGUGUAUGUGUGAGUCCCCUGUGUCCAUGACCACAGAACCAUACCAGCCCCCUCCAUCCAAACCCCCCACAUCAAAACAAUGGAAGGACUGACCCAAUAAAAGCAUCUUAGCUUUUGUAUCAGAGCCUGAUGGAUUCAACUGAACCAGUCAAGUGCAAUAAACGAUGUGUUUUAAACCCUU